AUAUCCUUCCUCUCCAGGCAGCUGCACACCCCCACCAACGUCCUCCUCCUCUCUCUGGCCGUCUCAGACCUCCUGGUCGGCCUCUUCAUGAUGCCGCUUCAGAUCAUGCUCCUGAGGGGCUGCUGGGAUCUCGGGAGCUUGAUCUGUCGAAUGUACUCCUACACCUCCUUUAUCCUCACCUCUGCCUCGGUGGGAAACAUGGUGCUCAUAUCCAUCGACCGGCACAUGGCCAUCUGCGACCCCCUGAGUUACCCCACUAAAGUCACUCAGACGAGGGUCAAACUGUGUGUGUGUCUGUGUUGGGCCACCUCUGUUUUCUACAACAGCGUGAUACUCAUUGACUUUCUAAAACACCCGAAUAUAUACAGUUCCUGCUAUGGAGAGUGUAUAGUCAUGAUUAACUUUAUCACAGGGUCCGUGGAUGUCAUUUUGACGUUUGUCGGCCCCAUUUCUGUCAUCGUAGUCCUUUAUAUGAGGGUGUUUGUGGUGGCGUUGACUCAGGCUCGAGCCAUGCGCUCUCAUAUUAAAGGCGUCACAAUCCAGAGCUCGAUCAAGGUCACUGCCAAGAAGUCGGAAAGAAAAGCAGCCAGGACUCUUGGCAUUGUCAUAGUGGUGUUUUUAAUUUGUUUCUCUCCUUAUUUUUACCCCUCUUUUGGGGGACAAGACUUGAUAACCGGCGUUGAGUUUUCAACGUUUGGGAUCUGGCUUUUGUUUUGUAAUUCCUGUGUGAAUCCACUGGUGUACGCUCUCUUCUACCCCUGGUUUAGGACGUCUGUUAAACUCAUUGUGACUCUUCAGAUACUGCAGCCUGGCUCCUGUGACGUCAACGUUCUGUAG